CCUCUCGUCCUCUGCUCCGCACUUGGUAUCUCCCAUACCAUACCAUACCAUACUGAACCUGUAAGAGAGAUGGAUUUGACCACACUGGCUCUCCAAAGAGAUAUCGCCCUCAUUUCCCACCAUUUUUCUCGCCACAAUGUCCUCUGCACUCAUAGUCAUUGCUUAACCUCGACAUCUUCGUUUGUUCCACCAAGGAGAUGCUCCUGGAAUAGCUCCAGCUGCGGGAGACCAAGGAUCCUUGCUCGCAGACCACCAUGCAAGCGUCAGAUCGCAUGCCGAGCGAUCACGGAGGCUACACCUGAGAGCAAUGAUAACAGGGGAAGGAUGAGGGAGAAACCGAGUACGCACAAUCACCACCUUCAACAGACACACUUGUCCGUAGCAACAACGAACAUCUUGAUUCUAAUAACCCCUCCAUUAGUGAAGAUAGGGAUGACUCUGGCAGCACAGAAAUGGUAGAUUCAGAAAAUAAAUUGGAGAAUGGUGAUGAUGAUGAUGAUGAUGAUGAUGAUGAUGAUGAUAUCCAGGAGAAAGAUGGUGACUUAGAGGUUUCAAGUGGAUCUCCUUUACCCGGGAUGAAGCAAUAUGGUGAACUUAUCAAGGUCCCUAAAGCUACGAUCGACAUUCUUCGUGAUCAAGUUUUUGGUUUUGAUACAUUUUUUGUGACUGGCCAAGAACCUUAUGAGGGUGGAGUAUUGUUCAAGGGAAAUCUGAGGGGAAAGGCAACAACCAGCUAUGAAAAGUUAACAAAAAGGAUGCAGGAUAAAUUUGGAGAUCAAUAUAAACUUUUCCUUCUCAUAAAUCCGGAGGAUGAUAAGCCUGUUGCAGUAGUAGUGCCUAAACAAACUUUACUGCCAGAAUCAACUGCUGUCCCAGAAUGGUUUGCUGCUGGUGCCUUUGGACUUGUUACACUUUUCACUUUACUCCUACGCAACGUGCCUGCGUUGCAGUCAAACUUGCUAUCAACAUUUGAUAAUCUUGAGAUGUUGAAAGAAGGCCUUCCUGGAGCACUUGUUACAACAUUUGUGUUAGUUUCCCACGAAGUUGGACACCUCUUGGUUGCAAGAGAUAUUGGGGUCAAACUUGGAGUGCCUUAUUUUGUUCCUAGUUGGCAGAUUGGUUCUUUUGGCGCCAUUACAAGGAUUGUUAGCAUUGUCUCCAACCGCCAGGAUCUUCUAAAGCUGGCAGUUGCGGGGCCUAUGGCUGGAUUCUUGUUGGGAUUCACUCUUUUUCUAUUAGGAUUUAUCUUGCCUCCAAAUGAUGGCAUUGGUAUUGUUAUUGAUUCUGCCAUCUUUCAUGAGUCAUUUCUUGCUGGAGGUGUAGCGAAGUUACUUCUUGGUGAUGCUCUGAAAGAGGGAGCUCGAUUGUCAGUUAACCCGCUUGUAUUAUGGGCCUGGGCUGGACUUCUUAUUAAUGCUAUCAACAGUAUUCCAGCAGGAGAACUUGAUGGGGGACGCAUUUCUUUUGCCUUGUGGGGAAGAAAGGUGUCUACACGUUUGACUGGAGUCACGCUUGCAUUGCUCGGAGUAUCUUCAUUCUUCAGUGACGUGGCAUUUUAUUGGGCAGUUCUGUUAUUUUUCUUACAAAGGGGACCCAUUGCUCCCCUGUCUGAGGAGAUCUCUGAACCAGAGAACAAAUACAUUGGUCUGGGCAUCACAGUUCUGCUUUUGGGAUUGCUUGUAUGUCUGCCUUACCCUUUUCCUUUCACAACUGACAGAAUGAGUUUUGACCUCUGACCUCUGUGUGUAUAUGGAUGUUUUGCUGACAUAAUUGUUCUCUAAUAUUGACAAUUGACUUUGUUAGAUGCAA